AGGGUCACUGGGGUGAAGCCUGUCAGAGGAGGAUGGACUGAGGUAUUGUGGGUGAUGGCUUUACACAGAGGCAGGCCACUCAUAGAGCUGCUGACUGUCACAACUGGACCCUCACCCGCAGCACAGCCAUGUCAGCAAGAGACACUGUGAAGUGCUGUGAGUGCAGUGCGUCGCUGUCCCACUGGUACUAUGAGAAAGAUGGACGACUCUUCUGUAAAAAGGACUACUGGGCCAAAUUCGGGGAGCUGUGCCACGGCUGCACUGACCCCAUCACCACUGGCCUCAUCAUGGUUGCAGGAGAGCAAAAAUAUCACCCAGAAUGCUUCACCUGUCUGAACUGCAGGUCUUUCAUUGGUGAUGGGGACACAUAUGCUUUGGUAGAGAGAUCUAAGCUUUACUGUGGUCACUGCUACUACCAGACUGUGGUCACCCCUGUGUCUCUCCCGGACUCUCCGUGUUCACAGAUCCCACACACUGUGACUCUGGUGUCUAUCCCGGCCUCGGCUGAAGGCAACAAUGGGCGAAGGGGCCGAGGAUUUUCAGUAGCCAUCGACCAGCCUCUCAGUCCUACCAGUGCAUUUAGCCCUGAACCAGGCCACACUCUCAGAGUCACAGAAGUUGACCAAGAAUGCAUUAGUCCUGAUGUGAAAAAUUCCAUCCAUGUGGGAGAUAGGAUCCUCGAGAUCAACGGGACGCCCAUACACAAUGUUCCUUUGGAUGAGAUUGACUUGUUAAUUCAAGAGACCAGCCAACUGCUUCAGCUCACCAUUGAACAUGACCCUCAUGGCCAUGGGCAAAAUGGCUGUACAGAUGCUAAAGAGCAGGUGGAUGGACCUCUGUCAAGUUCAGGCCCAUUUGUGCCCAUCACACAGCCCCCAAACGCUGACAUCAACAACUUCCGAUCACGUAUUGUCACGCGGAGCUAUAGCAUUGACAAAUCACCAAGCUCCAGCAAUGCAGCUUCUCCUAUGUCCCAGAGGAAGGACAUUAAUCGGUCCGAGUCUCUGAGAGUUGUUUCAAAUCGUACACAUCGCAUCUUCCGCCCAUCUGACCUCAUUCACGGAGAAGUGCUUGGCAAAGGAUGCUUUGGCCAGGCUAUAAAGGUUACCCACAGAGAAACAGGGGAGGUGAUGGUCAUGAAGGAGUUGAUUCGUUUCGAUGAUGAAACACAAAGAACAUUCCUUAAAGAGGUGAAAGUGAUGAGAUGCCUUGAUCACCCCAAUGUUCUCAAGUUUAUUGGAGUUCUCUACAAAGACAAGAGACUGAACUUCAUCUCUGAAUAUAUAAAGGGAGGCACUCUUAGGGACAUUAUUAAGAAAAUGGAUAGCAAAUACCCCUGGAACCAACGAGUGAGCUUUGCCAAGGACAUCGCUGCAGGCAUGUCCUACCUGCAUUCCAUGAACAUAAUCCACCGGGACCUCAACUCGCACAACUGCCUUGUCCGAGAGGAUAAUACAGUUGUUGUAGCAGACUUUGGCCUUGCACGACUAAUGGUGGAUGACAAGCAUGAAGACAGGUUGUCAAAGGGUAAAUUGUCAGGUCUGAAGAAGCCUGAUCGCAGGAAGAGAUACACUGUUGUGGGGAAUCCCUAUUGGAUGGCUCCUGAAAUGAUUCAUGGAAAGAGCUACGAUGAAAGAGUAGACAUAUUUUCAUACGGCAUCAUGCUCUGUGAAAUAAUUGGAAGAGUCAAUGCUGACCCAGACUAUUUACCAAGAGCAGUGGACUUUGGACUGAACAUCUCUGGCUUCCUUGAACAUUACUGGCCCCAGGAUUGUCCUCAAGCUUUCUUUCCAAUGGCAGCUCUAUGCUGUGAUCUUGAUGCAGAGAAACGGCCUGCUUUCACAAAACUGGAAGAAUGGUUGGAGAACCUAAAGAUGCACUUGGACAUGGGUUUGCCUCUGAUCUCUGAACUGGAGCAGCUGCACAAAGCUUUCUGGGAAAAUCACAUUGUCACACGCUCUGAGAACGGCCUGCACAGCCCUGAAGAGCCUGAGUAGAUCUGAACUAGGAUGAACAUGUCAGGAAGUCCAAGAUCAUUAAACAGAUAGCUGAGAGCACUGUGUGAUUAUCUCCUGAGGGCAAUUCAAUGUUGUGCUGCUUUGGGUGUUUGGUGGCAGUAGGGUCUCCUCCAUUUGAGGAUGUUGUCGCUGACCUAGGCUCAGGAUUAAUAAGAAGUCUCAGGAGAGUCCAAAAAGCCACCAGAGCACCAAAAGAAUCUGAACAUUGUGGGGAACAUGUCAUUUAGACAUGCUAUCUUUGAAGAUAAUUUACUGUAAUUAUCAAAUGUAUAUAAACAUACAGGAUCUCUCAACAGAGAAAAGAGAUAUUAUAUAGCUCUUUAAAUACAUUGUGCUGUAAGUUUGCAUUGUUGGCUCUGAUGUAUCUGGCUUGUUUAUCAGAUUGGAAAAAUAACAGGGCAGGGACUUCACUGGUGCCACUACGGUAAAUUAAUGGAUACUCUCCAACUCUCUACAUUUAAGGACCCUUUCAAGCUUUAAAUAGCUCACAGAAGUGUAUGGCUGUAAAUAAUGCAGAAAUGAUGUCCCAACAUGGACAAGCUGCUCUACCAGCACCAAUCCUUAGUUUAUUUCUUGUAGCAAUCAUACACUUUCAAGGUACAAACGUCAUGCCUUCAGUGUUAAACAACAGGCACAGCCAGCAACAUUGUAAAAUUUUAUAUAUAGUAAUUUUAUAAACUUAUUUUAUAUGUGUACAUAUUAUACAUUGCCAUAUUUUUAUUGGCAAUUGACGGAAGGAGUGUUAUUGACUUCAAUAAUAAGGGCACAGACUAAAGGAAUCUUGAUUCAGGCAGCAGGAGAUAGGCCUAUUUAGAGGGCACAUGAUGUUAAACAAGAAACAGAGACGUCUUUUAAACUUGUCUCUUCUGACUGUAGCAGAUUGGAUCUGUGAGAGGUUUAAUGGAACAUGUAAUAGAAUGUGCUGGAGAGGGCUAUUCUAAACAAACAACAAUAUUGUAUAAUCUGGAAGAUCAUCCAAUCUUCCAUGCUGUUGCUGUCAGGUUAUGAAAGCAUUGGCACCACGUGCCCUGCCAUAGUGUUCUCCAUCUGUCCACAGUCCUCACUCCACAUGUGGAAGAUCCCUGUUUGUUUACACAUUAAGGCAGCCUGUAAAUACCACUAUGUAUGUCUCUGACACUACUAUUUGCUAUGCUACUUCACAUCUCCACUUUCCAUUUGAUCUCUUGUACCAUUUUACAUUCAUAUUAUUUCAAUAUUGGAGAUUGCUUUGUAAAAUCUCUGCUGCUGUAUUCACAAGCUGCAUGACUUAGUAUGUUCCGCUUUUUUUAGAAAACCGGACUGGAAAGGAAAUAAGCAUUUGUUUAUAUGUAUCUGCUUAGAUCUUUAUAAUAGAUUUAAGUAAUUUAUUUGCACUAUACUACCAAAUGGCUGGUUGAAGCCCUUUUUGUUUAUUUCAACUUUUGGGCUACUUGUGAUCAAGAUAUUUUGUAUAAGUUCAGGUUGCUAAAUGCAAGACACUGAUGGAGCCUUUACCUGUAAAAUUGUUCAGAAAAUCCAUCUUCCUUGGACCAGCAGACUAGUGAUCACUGGAUGGCAUUUGGUUUCCUGAAAUACAGUUGAAAGAAAAUUUUUGCUGGUCUUUGCUUCCAAGUGGAUGUGAUUUUCUAUCUUCGCCUGCUGCCUACAGACUGAUCCUUUGUAAACACCCUGUGUUUUUACAUGCUACUUGUUUGUGGAGCACUUAAACUGUCUUACAUUUCACACUUUUGGCUCAGGGCUGUGAUAUUCUGGAGGUGUUUCACUGCUCGGUUAUACUUCAGACGCUCAAUAAGACACAAAGCAUGUGACAAUAGGCUGAGUUCUUUUAGCUUCUAAAACUGUGCCCUCUCUGGCCAUGCUGUAGUCCUCAUUCUGAGCCACAUGAUGCAUGUUUGAUGUCUCUAAGGAUGUGUCAUGAUCAAUGAGAAUGUUACCGCAGCACUUCUUGCAAAGGAUCGUUACCUCUGAACAAUGCUGUGCCUUUGUUGUAAGCUAGCCUUGCCAACGAUUUGAAAACAUGAAUUUCUUUUUAUGUACCAUAAGUACAAGCCUGACUCCAGAAAACUGAAUUUGUUGAUGUUGUGUGAGAUUCCAUCUUGUUGUCUACCAUAUUUAUCUUUCCAGAUAUCAAUUGUUAGACUUAUUUUGAACAUUUUUUGUCUUAUUUAAUUUUUACACAUGCUGUGAAAACAAUUCUGCACUUUAAUCUUAAACAUUUAGAUGAGGAGAUAUGAGGAGAUUGCUGUUUUUCUUUUGUCACAGCUGGAAAUAAAACUACUCCUCCUUACAAGU